CCUUCACUCUUACAUGCUACAGGUGCUUCGAUCGUACUUUUCAUCUUCAGCAUCGAUUCCAACCAUGUCCGCCAUCCCACCCACCGCCCAGACCGCGUAUGUCGCUGCCGGCUGCUUCUGGGGCGUUCAGCAGCUGUUUGCCGAGACACCCGGCGUGGUCGACACGGCGGUCGGCUACAUGAACGGCAAGACGCAAAACCCGACCUACAAGCAGGUCUGCUACAACGAGACGGGUCACGCCGAGGCCGUCAAGAUUGUCUUUGAUCCCGCCCGCGUCAGCUACGAUGCGCUGCUCAAGGUCUUUUGGGACCAUCACGAUCCCACCACACUCAAUCGUCAGGGUCCCGACCACGGAACGCAAUACCGCUCGGCAAUCUUUUACGUCGACAACGCGCAGAAGGACGCUGCCUUGGCCUCGCGCGAAGCCGAGCAGAAGCAAUGGUCCAAGCCAAUCAGCACUGAAGUCACCGCCGCUGAUGUCUUUUAUCCCGCGGAGGACUACCAUCAGCACUACUUUGCCAAGAAUGGCGGCGGCGCUUGCCAUCGGGUUGUUCGAAAGUCCUGAAGUUCGCAAAGACCCCCCCCCCAACAAAUCACCACGACCGCAAUGUUGAUGCCAUGCAGCUUUGCUGUGGUGGCUGCUAACCCGUAUUGAGUGAACAGAAUACUGGCGGCCACAGGACAUGCUCCCUUCGUGGUUUUGUUUUGCAAAACCUGUGUUUCAAAUGUUGAUAAAGUGCUGUACAACAAAUCAUUCCAGUUCAAUCCAGCCCCA